AUGCUGUAUGCGCGUCUAGCGGUGGUGUUGGACAUACGUAAGCCCUUAUGCGCAAGUUUCGCUAUCCGUGGAAAGGUCCAGCGAGUGGAAUAUGAGUUUUUCCCGAACAUCUGUUUUCACUGUGGAAUUUACGGACAUGCCGUGGCGCUUUGCCCAGAUCGCUCUAGCUCAAGUGCGGGGGAGGGGGAGUCAGCUGAUGGUGUGGCUCAGAGGAAUGGUAAUCGUGACACUACCGGCGAUGCUGCGGGUGGGUCGACUAAGACGGCGGAGGAUGAUGGGGGCAACUCGAGUGUGUAUGGUCCGUGGAUUGUGGCGAAGACUAUGAACCGGCCGGCUAAUGGGUGUAGUAGAGGGGACAAAGUGGUUGGUUUGAAGCAGCCGGUAAAUGGUGGUGGUCGAGGGUCGAGGUUCGAUGCCCUCUGGGAGCAUGAGAGAGAGGAACAUGAAUCUGUACAGGGUGUCGAGCCUACGUUUACCUUUGGGCUGGAGAAGAGUAUGCUGGGAUCGUCAUCGGGUGCCUCUGGGCCUGAUAAAGGGAAAGAAGAAUGGCGGAGGUUCUCGGGUAAGUCUAAGAAAUGA